AAAAAAAAGAAAAGAAACUAAGCAUUGAACUAACAUAUUGCUUGGUAUGCUUGGGUCGGAAUUAUACAAAGUUUUUGGUUAUUUGUUCACACAUUUUUAGAACUUUCUACAUGAACAUUUUCUAGUUUUGUGAGUAAAAUUGGAAUGAAGGGUACACAUCCCCACGUGGCACAAGCCCUACAAGGGUUUUUCAUAGAAGAAAAAUAAAAAUCAGAGAAAAACACAAAUCCGAGACGGUUUGCAUAUAACCCAGGGAACGAUCUUAAUGUUGCGAAGUUGGGCAAACAAUAAGGUGGGAUAGUUGGAAUCAAUGAAGGAAUCUAUUUUAGGGCAUGUCUAUAAUGGGGUAGACAGUAAUUCUAGAGACUCUGAAAUUUGUAGAAGUUUUUGCAAGAUUUGAAGGUUAGAAGUUGGAGAAUGACAGUUUGUAGUGUUCAUUUCCGGAGAGCUUCUUCCGCCACUCCAUGGCAAGGGGACAGGAGGACCAUACGGGAUUAGUGGGCUUCUCCAGUGACACUCACUGGGCCACUAGCGGUCUCCUCGUAGAGGAGCUCGGCUCCACGCAGUGGCUCUCCCCGAGCAGGGGCCAGCGGAGCGUCUUACAGCAUGUACGAGUCUCUUCCCUACGUGGUUAGCGAGCCGCUCCGCUGGCACUCCGUGGGCCACUAGCCGUGGGGGCCUUGUUCCUCUCACGAGGAAAGAGGCUAACUGUUCGUUAAUGGUUUUAAAUUCUCGUAUUGUAAACGUAGAAGGAUCGGGAUAUAUUUACUACUCGUGUAACCAUUGCCCCAUAAGACAAAAAAACGACAGAUUCUCGGAAAGAUUCUUUAUAUAUUUUUUGAAACAAGGGACGGUUCAGAAGUAAAAAAUAUUAGCUACAUGUAUCCAGUUACAAUUUGUGGGGCAGGAAGAAAAUUCCUUCCAUACUACGGCGGUAUGAUUCUCGGAAUUAAUCGUUACGAUAGUAAUUUAUGCACCCCAUGGGGUUACAUCUCUGACACCGUCCUUUGCAUUCUGCCCAGUGUUUAUUUCUUGUCAGUUGUCUACGUAAUGUCAGACACGGAUAGAUAUCCAAAAACGACACUGAAUGAAAAAAAUAAAACAGAAAAGUCAAAAGCCAAAUCCGAUAGUCGUGCAGAGAAUCCUGGGGUACAGCUCUUUGGCAAGGAAAGGAAUGUCAAGUGACCUAACUUUGGCACUGUGGCAUGUCAAGUAUCCUAACCAUCCAAUAGGUCAUCGAUUCAAAAAUCAAGUCAGAAAUAUAAAAGACUAAAAGUGCAACAUUUCGGUCAUUAAUUGUAGAUUAAUUUUUUGUUUCGGUUAGGUUUCUACUCUUGAAUUACUUAACGGAGACAGGCGUAGAUUCACAUAAUACUUCUAUUAUCCCGGCUAUCAAUACGGUUGAGCUCUCCAAAUGGGAGAGCUUUCCUAUGACACUCCUUUGGAUUGCGGAUGCCUUUCCUAAUUCUAUUCUUGGCUGUUCUUGGCUAACUAAAAAAGAAAAAAAUACAAGAAAUCUAAAAUCCAACGUACAGUGCGAUAAAAAAAUAUUAGUGGGAAAAACUGAACCAUUUUCCAUAAUUAUUGUGGGGGGAGGAGGGGAGGAAAAAAAAAAAAGAUUGGUUGCAAAUUGCGAGAAUGUGAAAUUAGAAGAAUGAAAAUAAGGAAUGCGCCCACGAAGAGGAGUAGUUUAGUUAUUCGACCAACGAGCCCUACCAUAAGCAGUACACACGACAAAUGUACCUUCCAGGAUCUUUCAAAGCUAUGUAUAAUCUGUUGUUUUAGUUAUUGUGAGGGUUUAAUAUGUCGAUUUGUCAUAUGUACGUUGGGAGCCCGCGCGCGGGAAAUUAUACCAAACAAAGGUUUAAUGUCGUCUGAUACAUAGAAUUGACCCAAAAUUUUGUACUAGAAGUAGUGAUAGACUAGAUAAUGCAUGUAGAGAAGUACGGGGGAAGUGUGGGGCAAAGAAUGAAGUA